AUGGACACUGUAUCCGCCCUCCAAGCGCUAGUAAACUCGGUGACGCGCCAUGCUUGGAAGCUCGAAAUGCUGGAAGGCUACCAGGGCGGCGUGAACCGCUUCCUCGCCUUCUGCUCUGCCAACAACAUUCCCUUAUCCUUCCCUUCGCCCGAAUGGCUGGUAUGCGCCUUUGCAGCCCAUAGAGCGGGCUCCUGCUCAGGCUCUGCUGUAGCCAACGAUGUCGCGGGUCUUCGGGCUUGGCACAUCGCCAAUGGUCUUCCUUGGCUCGGCGGGAUUCGUCUGAAGUACGUUCUCCGCUCGGCGGUUCGUCUCACCCCCGACUCUUCCAAACGACCCCCGCGCCCUCCAGUAACCUCGGAGAUGCUCGAGGCCUUGCACUCCUCCCUCGAUGCCUCACUUCCUCUCCAUGCAUGCGUUCUGGCCUGUGCCGACGCGGUCUUCUGGGGGCAGGGACGCCUAGGCGAAUUCCUCCCCACCUCUCAAUCCCGCUGUCAUGCAUGA